CAAAAGUGAAGUGUUUAUAGACAGAUCCAACAAUGGACUUCUCUGAAAAUACAUUCAAGAACUAUUACUACCCUGAAAAUAAAGAUGAAUCAAGCGAUGAAGAAGGUACAGCUGGUUUCAAAGUAAAACAGAUCCUCGCAAAGAAACGUUCAGGAAAUGAUAUCGAUAGCUUUUUCGAACGUCCUAAAAAGCAGAGUAAGAUCCUGAAACGGUCUUCGAUUGUAAGCAAAAGUUCGGAGGACGGUGUUGCAAACUUAUCAUCGGGGCAAGACGACGGAGCAUAUGCAUCCCAUUUUAUUAAAAUUGAGAUUUAUGAUGCACAAAAAAUUAAAAAAAUACCACCCAUGGAACAAUGGAAGCACGCGGACAUCAGAUUAAAAUAUUUUGCGUUGGAAGAUGAUGCAGAACUACAAAGUACGCGAAAUAUUAUAUAUAACAUUACAAAACAAUUAGCUUCUAAGGAUAGUUGUGUGAAAUAUUUUAUAGACAAUAAGAAACCGUGAUAUUUAUAAUUGUUAAUGAUAGUAGUAAUCUUAAGUUAUAGUGUUUAGGUAUUCUUAUCUUUCCUUAUAGUAACUUGAAUUCAUUUUCCUUGUAAGAGAUUCUUUUAAAAUGUUUUGUAAUUUCCGUAUGUCAUAAAACAAUAAAAAUGUUAAGAAAUAAAUAAUAUAAUAGCUUGAGAAAUUCGAAAAGUAACAUUUUUAAAUUGUAUACAAAAGUAUUAAGAGAUAACAAUAGCUUUUGUUAUCUUUCCUAGUUACGAGUUAAGUAGCUCCAUUUUUCUUUGUAAAAGAUUAUUUUGUAUUAUACCCAAUUACAACACGUUAUAAUUAGGUGAAUCCCUGGUGUUAUCUUUCCUGUUAAUGAGUAAAGACCAUUUCGCUGUAAAAGAUUAUCUUGCAUUGUAUCGCAAUACAACACGUUUUAAUUUUGAUAAUUUUUAUAUGGAAAGGUUGUUGUCCCCACUUUUAAAAAUAUAUACCCUUAUACCUGUUCUUAACUAUUUAAGUGAAAGACCUUCUUGUACGAUACCUCAUUUCAUAAUGGACUCUCUGAGCUGUGAUGUCUAUGACCCUGAACUUAUGAGACUCUGUGAAGAAAUAGAAGAAGAUGAAGAACUAUGUGAGGCUGCCCAACUUGUCAGUCAACUUCAUCGAGAGGCAUCUUCUCAAAUAGGACGUGGUAUUAAGAGGACCGCUGCAGUUUUGGAUGUGGAAAAAGUCGUAACAAAGAAACCUCGCCACACCCCAGCACCUUCUGAACCUGUAGCAUCGACCUCAUCCGCUGCACCAGCACCUGCCCCUGUAGCAUCGAGCUCAUCCGCUGCACCAGCACCUGCCCCUGUAGCAUCGAGCUCAUCCGCUGCACCAGCACCUGCCCCUGUAGCAUCGAGCUCAUCCGCUGCACCAGCACCUGCCCCUGUA